AUGUCUUUUGCAGAUCUCUUGCAGAAGAAAUCAAUUGGCGCCAAAGAAGAGACUGGCUUCACCGAAGAGUCCACCAAGAACCCCAUUGUCUUCCAGCCCCCCUCCCAGGCCCUCCCUGGGGACCCGGUCCUCCUCCCCGGCCAGAGUGUCACCAGGUCCGACUUCCUCCCCAUGCCCCACCCUCAUGGGGACGAGUUCCUGCCUGUGCUGGCCAGAGGCUCCGAGCGGGAAACGGGCUACAACCGGGUGACGGAGAGGACCCUGAACCCCAGAGUGCCCCCUCCUGGCCCAGAACCGAGCAGCAUGAGCCACCGGCAGUUCCAGCCCCCGCAGCGCAUGCAACAGACGAACGUCGCCUUGCUGGGCCGGGAGACCGUGGGGAACAAGGAGCCCUCGGGGUUCAGCCUCAACAACCCCAGCUACUUCCGGAACCCUUAUGACCCUGACAUGGAUAAUCGGUACCUGACCACCUACAACCAAGGGUACUUCGAGAAUAUCCCUAAGGGUCUGGACCGAGAAGGCUGGACUCGAGGUGGCAUCCAGCCGCAGAAGCCCGGAGGCUAUGCCCUCAACCAGCCGGUCACCCACAUGGAGGCCACCCCCAACCCCACGGAGAGCCUACAGCACCUGCACCCCCACGUGGGAAGAACCCUGAUCUCCGUGGACCCCUUCUACCAAGCCCCGCCUCACAGCAGCUACUUCAUGACACCCAACUGAGCCUGAGACUGGGUUUGCCAACCCAACGGACAGGACAGGAGCCGGCUACAGUCCCUACCCCCACCCCGUCCCUGCCCAGACUCCCCUGACUACUUUCCUAAUGAAAUAAAGAGCAGUG